AUGACUGACCCAGUGCGGCGUGACCCGACGGAGUUUCUACGCGUGCUCCGUCGGAUGUCAAGGACAACAUCGUGGCAAAAGACAAUGUUGUUUGCGUCAAAGGGCCGUAUGGUUGGCUACAGGCUGACGCGCGAGCAUUACAACACGAUCCUCUUCUCCCAGUCUCUCUGGGGGCGGGCGCUGGAAAUUGUACGGGUGAUUCGCGCAAUGCAGGAGGAUCGGGUUCAGCCAAACGGUGCGACGUACUAUUACAUUGUGAACGGCAUGGCGAAUGCCGACCAUGGCUGGAAUUAUGACUUCAAAAUCAAUCAUCGAUUGGAAAAGCUACAACAUUGGCGCGUUGCCCUGCAGGCGUUGGAGGCGUGUGAGGCGAAUGGCUUCGAUUCCACGGACACCAUGCACAAUUCAGCGCUUAUUACAAUGGUGAUACCUGGAUUCAAUAAAUGGGAGGAGGCGAGUCGAUUACUUGAAAAGAUGCUGCGUGAGGAUCGACGCAUGCACCCGACGAUGGUGAAGUUUUACCAUGACUGUUUGAUUCGUAACAUGCGUCCACGCGAGGCGAGUCACCUCAUCCGCCUCGCCGCAGAGCAAGGAGUACAGGGCUACGAGGACAAGUGGGAGGCGGACGUUUACAAGGGGCGACCGCACGACAGCGAAUCGACGAGGAAGGGAACAGAGUCGGAUGGGAAACGGAACGUAGACGUCGCCAACACCUUUGCGGCGCUGCAGCUGCGUGGGGACCAAAAGCUGCCGGCGGAGGAACUGCAGGCAUUGCUGGAAGAAGAGACUGUGCGCAAUAUUGAAGCAGAGCGUUCCGUUCCUGUCCCGUACUCCGCCGGUUUACACCCGACGGAGAUGAACAGUGUUUUCCGUCCCCGUGUGUACCGGCAGUUGUGGUACAAGUGGCAGCACAUAGCCAACCGAUACCGUCCUGCAACGGCGUUGAAACGCCGCCAGUUGGCCCCAAGAGACUCUCCAACCGGUAUCCCUGGAUUUAAUCGCAUUUAG